AUGGCGUCGAUCGAUAAACUUGAUCCAACGGUCUAUCAUCUCUACGGCCCAGCUCUACGCCUCAACAACUCAUACAACAUGGCGCAGUCAAACAUCAACGUCCUACUCUCCUCCUUCCCGGGACUCUCACUCCCAUCCACUCUCUCGUUUGCGCUUCCCUCCGUGGCGAGCGUUUCAGACCUUACAGACAAAGUCUCCUCAUACCUUCCUACCUCGCUUUCUCUCGAACGUCUCAUCCUCACAACCACCAACAACAAGCAAAUAUUCGCCUCUCCUGCUUCUCUUCAGUCUUUGAUCAGUAGCGACAAUGGCUCCGCCAAUACCAUUCUCCCCAUCCGCCUCUCCGCGCCGAUGUGUGGUGGUAAGGGUGGUUUCGGAUCUCAGCUUCGUGCCGCCGGUGGCCGCAUGGCCAGCAAGCGCAAGCGCAACCAGGGUGACAACAACAGCUCAAGCCGUAACCUCGACGGCCGCCGUUUGCGCACGGUCAAUGAGGCCAAGGCACUUGCCGAGUAUCUCGCCGUCAAGCCGGAGAUGGAUAAGCAAGAAAAGGAGGAGCGCCGCCGCCGGUGGCAGGCUGUGGUAGAGAUGGCAGAGAAGCGACAGGAUGAGAUCAAGAACGGCGGUGGAAAGCAAAAGAUCGAUGGUCAAUGGAUGGACGACAAGGAGGAGAUGAAUGAAAAGGCACGAGAGGCGGUUCUUCUCGCAAUGAAGGACGGCGCAUGGACCGACAACCUACGCGAUGCGAUUUUGGGUGGAUCUAGCACCAGUGCUAGCGAAGGUAGCGAGCAUGCGAGCUCAUCCGGUUCCGAGGAGGACGAUGAGGAGGAAGAAAACAAUGGCGCAUCUUCGAGCUCCGCGGUGCCUUCUACAUCGGCAGCCAAGCCGGCACCUCGUCGUUUCAUCGGGUUUGAUGACGAUGACGAGUUCAUGAGUGACUCCGAGGAUGAGGCAGAUGAAUCCGACUCCAAGGGCAAGGGCAAAGCUCGCGCUUGA